AUGGGCUUCCUCCUCACAACCAAAUACGUCAAAGACAUCCUCACCCCCUGCGCCGAAGGCAACUGGUCACCUCUCCUCAACGCGCUAGACCCAGAAGUCCACUGGAUGGUGGUAGAUCCCGAGCGGAAUCCGUUGUCCCAGGCCGGUGUUUAUAACGUCGAAUCCUGGAAACGCGACCUCAUGACACCCUUCCUAGAACACCUCCAAGGCCCCGUACACAUGGUGGUCGAUGAGCUGGACGUCAUUGGGAAUAAAGCUAUUUUUGAGGCGAGGGGGUGGCAGACGCAGAAGAAUGGGAGGCCGUAUAGGAAUACAUAUUGCUGGAUCCUGAUCUUUUCCGAAGAGACAGGGAAAGUUGUGACGAUUAGAGAGUAUAUGAACUCGGCGCAUACGAAGGAGAUUAUGGAGAGUGCUGUUUGA